GGCGGCCAGUGCUUGGGCGCGCAGCCGUAGACCCGGCGUUGCCCAUCCCGCGCAUCCCGGGCGGGGCGCGGCGCGCCUAACCCGCCUCCCUUCCAUCCUCCCGGCGCCCGCCCGCGGCGGCCAUGGGGGCGCGGCUGGGGCGGCGGGCGAGAGCAGAUGCCCCUGCGGCGCCAAGUGCCGGGCCCGCACCCUACGAGCGCAGGGUGCGCUGGCUGCGAGAGAUCCAGUCCACGCUCCGGGAGCGACGGCCGGAGCGUGCUCGGCAGCUGCUGCGCCUCCUGCGCCAGGACCUGGGCCUUGAAGGGAACCUCCUCACUGACAUCCUCUACAGGAAUGUGACUUUCCUUAACUUGGUGGACCCCAUCUCCCAUGACCUGCUAGUGAACCUGGCCCGGGACCUGCAGUGCCCCAAGAAGGACCAUGAGCUCUGGAAGUCCUCGGACAAGAUCUGUCGGCAGCUCAUCUACCACCUCACUCCGCACUCCAAGCGAAAACCCCACAGGAAAACCCAGAGCAGCCUCCAGAAGACUCUGCUGGUAGGGGAGACUGUGGACCUUUCUGGCAUCCCGCUCUCGGCCCGGGAUGUGCAGCACAUAGCACGCUACCUGGACAGUCGUGGUGUAGAGCUGGUGGUCCUGGACCUGAGCUUCACGGAGCUGAGCGAUGAGCUGCUGCAUUUGCUGCUGCCCAGUCUCUGGGCUCUGCCGCGCCUCACACAGCUGCUGCUCAAUGGCAAUCGGCUGACCAGAGCUGCUGCCCGGGAACUCACCGAGGCUAUCAAGGAUGCCGCCAAGUUCCCCGUGUUGGCCUGGGUGGACCUGGGGAACAAUGUGGAUGUGUCUUCACUUCCCCAGCCCUUGCUGGUUGGCCUCCGGAGGCGACUGAGCCAGCAUACCUCGCUCCCUACCAUCUAUGAGGGCCUGGACCUCGAGCCUGGGGGCGGCAUGGCUGAGACCACUGCUGCUGUCUCCACCUGGGGCUCUGCUGCCACUGAGGCAGGAGCAGAGCCUCAGGGUUGUUGCGCCAGGUGACCUCCUACAGGUCUGGUUCAAUGCUAAUGACUGAGGUCUUUUGAGAACCAGGUAUUAGAGGCCCACGUGUGUCCCUCAGAGAGACAGUGAAAAUGUUCAACUUGGGGCAGAGUGGGUGGAAGGAGAAAGGUUUCAUUGCAGGCAGCCCAGACUAGGGGCUCCAUCUUGCCCAGCAAGAGGUGCCUCAGCACCCACAGCCCAGACCUUCCAGGAGAGGAUGGCAUCCCUUACUUCAGGCUUUAUAUACCACAGACUUCAGACUCACUGAGCUCCAGGUCUGCUGCAGAGGGAGGAAAACCCCACCCACCCAGAGUGGGUAAAACCGCAGCCUCAUUGAUGCUCCCUCUAGCUCUCACUGGGAAGUCUCCAUGGAAACAAGAUGUAGAGGUCAUGGGUUCAGUGGUGUGGGCUCAGGAGUUGGAGGAGACCUGACCUCAGGGCAGGGUUUGAGUUCUAGGCAGUUGGGAGCUUCAGGGGAGAAGGUUGGGAGUCACAGACAGACAGGCAGAGCUCUGCACGGAGCCUGAGAGCAAAUGCCAUCGGGGCCCUUCAGUGUGUGCACUGGGCUGGGGACAAGGCUCCACACACCGAAGGCAAGGCCACGGUGGAUCUGGAGGUGGGACAGUUGACUUUGUAUUUGUCUCCCAUAGGACACAGCACUGGCCACUCUCCCCAGCUCUAGUUCCCACCCUCCCUGCGUAGGCCGAGCGAGUCUCUUGGCAGGGGGAGGAGAUGCAUCUGGCUGGAGAUGAUGAGCUGUCAUGUUUCCUUUGGUUUUAGGGUCAUACACAGCGUGUACGGGGAUGGAGGUGGGGCCCAGCUAGCAUCAGGAGUUCUCAGGGCAGAAUGGACCUAAUGGUAUAGGAGUUACUGUCUUCCUUUCCCCGAAAUCCCUCAAGGUGGCCUUCCAACUAGAAGCCUAAGGUCUCUCUGACCCAUUUAGGAAACUGGAGUUUUUAACCCAACUGUUAGACAGGCAGGGCAAGUGAGGAAGGGACUCAGAGAAGAGCAAGGUAGGGAAGCAGGGUAGAGACAAGACUUAAGGCCUGGUGACAGUGGAGAGACACCCAGUGUCAGGGCAGCCUCAGGGACAAGGUAAAGGCUGGGGUCACCCCAGACCUGUGUGCCUGUGGCCCACCAGCUCUGACCCCCCCCUACCUCCCUGUCUAACUCCAAGUGGAUUAUGGACAGUAUAUCCAGGCCCCCACCAAACAUCAGUGGCAGCAUGUCCCCAGCCCAGCGUGCCCAAGGAGGCAGCUGGCUCCACUGCAUCAGCUCCCAGGCCUGGGAAAGGAGACAGCUGAGGAAAAGCAUUUCACCUCGUGCCCCACCGCUUUAGACAACUGCUUAUCAAGACACUGUGAGAAGAGCCCAGAGCUCUGCUCUGUACUUGCUGGGGGACCUGGCCAGAUCCUCCAUCUCUUUGGACCUGGGACCCAACUUGCCCCUCUCUGUUAACUAGAACUUGCUGUCCCAGAUCCUGGCACUCAGAGCUUCAUCUUGAAUUUACUAUCCACCCCCUGAGUUCCCUGCCCCCACUUGUUUUAAAGACAUGGCUUGGAGCUGUUGGACUCCCCCUGUGCCUUAACAACUCGGGACAAGGUUAGGGGCUUUCUGGAGCCGGGCUAAGCAAGAUGGAGUAUGGCCCAGCAGACUGAGAACGCCAACACAUGCUUAGGCAGCUGAGCUCUCUCUCUCUGUAACUCCUUGCUGUACAAAGGCAGAGUUCUGAGUCUCUCCUGCCCUGCUCGCUCUCUGCCCACAGCCGGUCUGAAGACAGCCCACAAACCUUUAGGUAUCAGCACGGUGCAGCAAGAUUCUUCCUAGGAUGGCAUGUGAGGACCGGAGCUGGGGGGUUCCCCGGGCAGUUUUCAGGCAAAUCCAGAUGGCAGCAGACGGUCUCAAUUUCCCCCAGCUUUCCAAGGUGAGAGAUGCAGUAGCUGAGCCAGAUCCCGAGACAGCUUAGGAGACGUAGGCAAAGUUGACUUCGCUGCUGUACAAGUGGCCCUGGCCCUUCACGACUACCAAGAGGGAGGUUACAUGGGCAGGGACGCGGAUUUCCAGAGAAGGGAGGGUUGAGCCUUGUCUUUGUGCUACUGUAACAGAAUACCACAUCCUGGUAAUUUAUAAACAAUAGAAGUUUACUUAGCCCGUGGUUCUAACGGCUGGGAAUGAAGUAGAAAAGGAGCAUCUGUGAGGGCUUUCUUGCUGCGUCAUUGUCUGUAUCACAUGGCCAGAGAGCAUGCAAGGGGCAGGCAGGACUUCCGUGCAGCAGGGGACACCCUUUAAGCUGCAGACCUGUUGGGUUUCCCAUGCAUGUGCUCUGAGGAGGCUUCACUCAGGGUGGGGAAAAUAGCACUGACCAGGAAGGAAGAAGGAAGCAUGUGGGGGGCUUGCUCCUGUGCCAACCGGGAGGCAUUGCAACAUCCUUGGUCCAGACCCAUCACUUCCUAGCAGUGUGGUCCAUUUGGGAGCUAGGGCACAAACAUCCUUGUUAUCCUGUUGAAGUGAGGAGGAGAUGAGGUUUGAAAAGAGGCUGUCACAGGUCUGGUGCAAGCCAGCAUGAUGCAGUGUCUGUCGGUGAGCCCUUCACUUGGGCUAUCUGUGUGGUGAGAUUUGGAGAUUUGGCAAGAGCUAGGCUGAAACACAUUAUCUAUCUAUCUAUCUAUCUAUCUAUCUAUCUAUCUAUCUAUCUAUCUAUCUAUCUAUCCAUCAUCUAUCCAUCC